ACAAAAUGUGAUCUAAGCAGCCUUUGACAAAGCAAUCAGUGUCAUUUUUCAAUCCCCGCCGAUUCAUUCAAGAUGUUUCCGAAAAUUGUCGAAAUAUUAAGGAAUUUCAACGGAUACGAAUCGUUCAACAAAAUUUGCAAAACCUUGAAAAACGAAUUCCCAAAUGAGUCGUCCAAAUUACCAAAUCUUGAGGAAUCCGUGUCGGCGCUUCUGGACAUAGGAUGUAACCUGGGACUCAUAAGUUGUUCUUCGAAUAAAUUCAAAUUGGUCGUUGAUAUGAACAAGCCCGAAAAUGCAAACUUCCAGUCGAGGCUCCAACUUUUAAUGCAAGAACUCGCCUCGCAAACCGGUCGCGAUUCAAUGGCUUCUAAUACAGUAGAGGCACCAGAACCAACGGUCGUUCCGAGAAGUCGUUCUGCUCGUACGCGUAACCAACCGGCAGACUGCGGUCCCGGUUGGAACCGGCGUCCACUGGCACAGCGUCAGGCCAUUGCCAUUCGGCGGCGGCAGGCCGCACAGGAAAAGGCACGGCAAAUGUUACGCGCCUCUAGGCAACGUAAGGGACGCCCGCGAUCCAGGUCCCGUUCGCGAUCCCGAUCUCGGUCUCGAUCCGGAAGACGUAAGCGAUCGCGCUCGACCCGGUCACGAGGCAGAUGCCCAUGUUGAGGAACUAGCGAUGGCGAUGAACUAAAUUUAUAAGUAUGUAAUAGUAGGGAGAAAUAAACGCUUAUUUUGAUAUUCAAA